AUGAAUAUCUUCCACGAACAGAGCGGUCGCAUCGCCCUCUACACAUCGCCCGGUGCGAAAGAGGGAGCUACAAUUGCCAUGCUGAUUGACUUUCUCCGACAAGCCCAUUGCAUCCAUCUCGUCAAGUCGCCCAAUGAUAUCAAGCACGACGACGCCAGCGCUUACAAGUCUCUCCCCAUCGUCUUCGACGUCACGCAGGAUGGCAAGAAGGUUAGCGCACAGGGAUUGAACGACAUCACUCGCUAUCUCCUCGCACGCUAUGACGACGGUGCCGAAUUCGCCUACAAGGAAGGGUCGAAGGAGGCUCAGGAGGUGGGCAACUGGCUGGCGUUCCUGGACAAGGUCACCACCGCCGGGGAUGCGGAGGAGUCGUCUGCACGCAUUGCGUUGCGACUGUACCUGCAUCUCGAGGAACACAUCCAGAAGGCGCAGAGUCCGUAUCUGGUUGGACGGAAGUGCACUUUGGCCGACCUGACGAUCUUCCCAUAUGUCGCGGCUGCAGGAGAGGUUGGUCUCGAUUUGGAGCGUUUCCCCGAGUUGACGAGCUGGUAUAAUCGCCUGGCGCAGCUGCCGCAGGUGAUCAAGGGGAUGACGGCGGUGCACCUUAAGAUCGAUAACGAGAGGGCCUAG